UUCUGCCUGGUAUUUAGAACAUUUGAGAUCUUAUGAACUUGUUGAAAGCCACUAUGCUGACAUGGUUAUCUUUGACUCUGGUGACCUAAAUGGCUAUCACCCAUUAAUUCCAUACAGUGUGGGAUCAAAAGUGUUCGUGACCCUGAGGACCUAUUUGCAGCAUUAAAUGUCCUUUACAAUGCCUUUGCUACUACGAGUCAUCAUUUCCUCCACUGAAGCCCGGCGAGUCCAGCUUCCUGAAGUGCCUGAAUCAGUGGAAUCUCUCAUCAAUAUUCUUCAAGAGAAGCUGCAAAUACAAGGACAGUUUUCCCUUAAGUUUGAGGAUGCUGAUUUUGGCAAUGCACUUUGUAACCUGUCUGACAUCUCAGAAUUGCCAAGUGAAAAAGCAGUCUUGCAUAUUCAGUGGUGCAAGUCAUCAGCUUAUGAAACCAGUAGCCUUCCAUCAGUUUCAUCACUUGAUACUGCUAGUCUCGACUCCUCUGAAGAAUCCUUGCCAAGCACUUCAGGCUCUAUGCAAAACUAUUUACGCACUGCUUCAGAAUGGCCCUCGCCAUUUCCCAUACCAGCGCUGUCAUUUGAUGUGGAGCUAAAACUAAGACGAGGAAACGAGGCAUUUGAAAAAACAAAAAUAGGCAUUGAUGUGACUAGAGACAUGAAAAUAGAGAUUCUUGACAAAAUAGUGCAGACAGUUUUUGACAUUAAGGCGUACCCUGACAAUCAGGAAAUUGAAUCCAUUGCAUCUGCAUUGGUUUUCAAAUAUCCUUGCCUUAAGGAGCCUGGCAAAGGAAAGGGUUUUGAGGGGUGGUUGAUUAGCAUCAAGAACAAGCUAAACAAUUAUAGGGCAAAGUUGCGAGAGGCAGGUUGCAAUGAAGUAAUUGUUAACAGGAAGCGAAACGAUGGUGCCAGUGGUCGGAGGAGUUUCACUCUGAAAAAGGCAAAGCGUGGAGAAGUCAAUCAUGUACCGGAACAUCCAUGCAACCACACUGACACUUCACUUGAAGAGCAAAGAAUUAUUUUGGUAGAGGAAACCAAAAAGGCAAGAAGAGACAUGGCAACCAUAAGUGAAAAAAUGGAACUAACAUUUUCCCUUAGAAGAAAAGAAAUGGUCCAAGAGCAGCCAAUGAUUGUAGAGGUUCAGGAGAGGUGGCCUGCACUCUUUUUCCAAGAACAGAUCUGUGAGGAAUUUUUCCGCAUCACCAACAAAGACCUUCUAGGAGUCUUCAUGGCAGCCACUGACAAGUACACACCAAAGCUUCUGAAGUUAUACAGAGCCAGAAAAGGAGCGUUUGGACAUGAAAUGGAAGAGCUCCUGGAAAGACUUGAUGAAAGGACAACAGAAAUUGUUAAUCACAGAAGGACGGCUGCUUUGGAGGGCCUGCCUUUGUUUCUUCGAGAGAAACAAACUAACCUUUUCAAGAUAUGUAAAGAAACUGAAGAUGGAACAAAGGGCGUAUCAGUUGGCAUUCUCUAUGUUACGGACGAUGACACCCGGGCAGCAUCACCAGUGAUCCAGAACAUUGCUGUUGUACUGGAAGAGGUUGUUGUUUUGGAAGACAUUCCAGAUACCUCAAGUGCUGUGGCAUACCUUUUUGGCCUUCUUUAUGCACUCAACUUUUCCUAUCCCAAAGAACUCCGGUACACUUUUGACACACUUCAGAAUGUUUUCAUGGAGCUUGGGACUGGAUGUACACAACGUGUGCUUUCUCUUAAAAACAAGAUGUUAAACUAAUACUGUAAACAGUGUUGUGUCAAUGGUCUGAUGUUACAAAGACCUAAUGUACAAUUUGAGUACUAAAUCUGAUCCAUGAGAGCCACUGUUUAGGCACUGUGUUCAGUUAAAUGGGUAACACUUUAUAAUAACUACAUGCUAUGAAUCAUUUG